AUGUUAGAGAACGUAACCAGAUGGCCAGGUAACGCGGGUUCGCGACUGGUGAAGGCUAGAAGCAGCCCGAACGUGUCGAAGCCAGCCUUGUCGAUGGCUCCUCGGAAGCAAGCACAGCCCGAUCAGAGCAGAUCCACGCCCACGAAUAAAUCUCAACGAGUGGCAAAAACCACAGCGCCUUCUAGAACAACCGGCAAGAUCGUCUCUAACGACCAUGCUGCUUCUCGAGCGGCUUUUUCCACCGAAUCGACCAAGACGCGCGUUUCCUGUUUCCCGAGCAAGUCUCGUCGAUCAACAGCGGACGGUCGAGCGGAGGCAACGAGAUGCCCGUCGACGAUUACAAAGAGCCAAGAAAAGAGGCAAGUGGCGAGGUCUGUUAGCUCCUCCCCGUCUUGCACGAUCCUCGAGGACAGGACGCUUCUGAAGAAAGGAUUGUCCUACGCCCCGGCGAAGUUACCCAAGAAACCGGAAGCUCUGAGGAAGAAAGCCGCUCUGGAUCGUUCGGUAAGCUUGGGCUGCGUAUCCGUGGAUAUUCGCGGCAACUCGGAGGAAAGCUUCAAGAUGAGCAGCUCGUUCAGCUCCGAGUCGGGCAGGCAAACGACGGAGAAAGAGAGGAAGCAGGAGAUACCGCGCAGGAAAUCGAUCAGCAGGUCUGCCAGCCUGUGGAACGUGCAGGCUACGUCGAGGAACGACGCCCCGGGUAGAAGGACGUACGGAGUUUCGGCAAGGCCGAGCAAGAUCCCGCUUCUGGCGCAUCGGAACACGCGCGUGGGUCGAUCUCUGGCCGAUCUAUCGCAGGUAGAUCGAGCCGUGGAGCCGACGAUGCAGCCGGUGGUGACGUUCGACGACAUCGAUCUCGAUCGCUCGAUGGACGAACGUAUCUACGAGAAUUGUCGCGAGGCGUUCGGCUGCGCGCCGACGGAGACUCGUCAGCCAGCACGGGCGUACACCAGCAACCUGGAAGAACGUGUGGCACGGCUGAUGGCGCAGCUGGACGACGACGUCGACGACGACGAGCAACACGCCCGAGCGACGAUGGUCGCGUCUACCGACUGCGUGGACGCUGCUGCUGCUGCUGCUCCUCCUCCUCGUAGAGCCAAUUCCGUCUACGAGGUGCGUGAGAUCGACGUCGAACGAAGAAGCAGCGAGCCGGCUGAAAAGAUCGUUCAGUCGGAACAGUACACCGCGAUGGUGAUUAGGAUCGAAGGAAUCCAGGAAAGAAGGGACGAACCAUUGGUGAAGCUAGUGGAAGGUAACGAGAAGAGUAAUUUGGACGAGACUAAGAAGAACACGUUGAGCUUGGUCAGAGGAUUCGGGAGAGAUCGGGAACGCGAGAAGAUCGAUAGACAGGAUGUUGUUGUCGACGAGUCGAAGAGGAAAAAGGAAACGUCGAGUAUUCAAGAGCUGAGGAAGAACUGGGAGAAACAAGCAGCCAGUGGAUUGGCAACGAAAGAAGACGAGAGGAAGAAGAUCGAUUGUACAGUUUCUCCAAUUUGCAACGCGGAGCCUGCAGUGAAAUCUGCUUGUCAAAGAAACAACGACACGAGACAGGAACCGAGGAGCAAGCAAUCGUUGGGCAAGAGGGCCAAGGACAUCGAACACCUGGUGAAUUUCUUCAACUGUAAGAACGCCGAGGCAACGAAAGAGGCGAAAGAUCCGUGGAUCAAGGGUAGAUCCACGUCGGAGACGAUCGAACCAACCACGGUGACCACGUUGAAGAAGAACGUCGACGUUAAGAAUAUACAGGACUACAAUGGUUACGCAUCUGAUGGGAAUUGCUCGGAGGACAGCGGUCACAUGAGCAACGAGAACGAAGUGGAGUGGAAGGAAGGCGUGGUGCCGAGCGAGACUCGCGAUUUCGAGAAGGAACGGUUCUUCGAGCAGAACGAAGUUCGAAGCACGAUCGGUGUGUACGAUGAUACGUCGAUCGUGAACAGAUUGGAGCCAGAAAAGAAGCCGACGACGGUGGUCGUUCGAAGCAGCGUAUCCACCUCGAGCGGUGCCAGUAGCAUCGACAGCUGUAAGGGAGAGAACGCGAAAGUCGUGCUGCACACCGUUAAAGAUGUGCAGUGGAAUGCUUGCAGAUCCUACAACGAUGGACGACAGGUCCGUCGCGUAAUUAUUGGCCUUCUAAACCUAUUAGAGAUAUCUGUCGAGAACGAUCGCUAA